GGUGCCUUGUGGUCAUUGAUUUUGGAAACGCCUUGUGUGGUGCACUCAUUGAUUAAUUUUAUUUCUUGAAAGUCGCUUGGAAGGAUUUAAAAAAAAGCAAUGAUUAGAAAAUGUAAAAGCUUAUGUAUUUGCUUAUUGCUGUUGAUUACAAUAGUUGCAAGUUAUCCUAUGAAAAGAGAUGAUGAGGAUAAUAAGUUUGAGUACAACAAUGAAAAGCGAUACCCUAAUGGCACCGUUGUAGGAAAAUAUACGUAUAAAGACAAAGAAGGAAAUCCUAUAGACGUAAAAUAUUUUGCAGAUGAUUCUAGCUAUGGCGUUGAACUCAAAAGUGUUAAAAUUUUCGAUGCAAAUUCUGAUAAUAAAAUGCAAUUUAAGUUACCCAAACUCGAGAGUAUGAUAUCUACAACAGAUAAUAUAUUUCAACCACUAGAAGAGAUAAAUACAUUUAAUGAAUUAUUCAACAAGGAUUUUAGUAAAAAUAAGAGUUACAAUCCACUUGAAGUUCUCAAUAGAAAUCCAAAUAAAAUAAAUCGUUAUAAAGGCUCUCAUAAAGUCAAUGAUGAUUAUGAGAUAUUCUUAGAGAACGAUCUAAAGAACACAGAAAAAUGUAACAAAGAAAAAGUAAAAGUGUAUUUUGAUAAAAAUAAAAGGAAAACUCGGAAUGCGCCUUAUCAUUAUAAACCAUCUGACCAUUGUGAACGAUUUUGAUAGUUCCUUUUAAACAGGUUCCAUGUUAUUGAUUUUGUAUUAGCUUGUUGCAAUGAUUGUGAAUUAAA